AUGGGUAGCAGCCCUGACACAGCGCUGUGUAUUAUUCCGCCGAAGCAUUUAUGGCCAGAGCUAGACCACUUGAGGAUGAUCUACGACCCAGCAUUCAGAAAACGGCCACCGCAUAUCAAUCUUGUAUACCCAUUUGUUUCGGUAAAUAACCUGCUUAACGCUUCGAAAUCAAUCAUCUCCCUGCUCGUACAGCGGGACCCAGAUCAUCCUUCUUCGACAGAUAUACAGUUGGAUAAAGCAGGUUUCUACACCAAUGACGCCAAGGACACCAAGGAGAGGAAGACAAUUCACUUCUUGUGCGGCAAAUCGCCAUUGUUCUUUACAACUCUACGGAGCCUUCUGCUAUCAUCGCUAAAGCGAAAUCAUAACUACGAUGAUCAAUUGCGUAUGACCAUUGGACAAACAGACGAUUCAAAACACCCGCUACAUAGAUUUGCAGUACAAAUACUCGAGCAUUUCCCCCCCUUUCAGUGGAGGGCUGAAAAGAUUUAUAUCCUUGUACGAGACAAGGACGAGACCCGGAUCGAUCCCAGUGUCCCUAGCCAAAUGAAGAUAUGGGGAGAAAUCGAUCUAAGUACUUACACCUUAUUAACAAUGCCAAAUCCUGUUGGCUUCUACGAAGACGAGGUGGUAGCUAGUUCCGAAAGUAACGAACAAAGUAUUCGGUUAAAUUGCCGUCCGCUAACGCGCCUCCCGUAUAUGUUUUCUGAUGAGGAAUUCAAAUGGAUUCAGCAACAAAAAUAUCCUGCUGCUGAGCAGGUAUCCCCAAGUCCGGAAUCUCUAGUUGUUGCAAACUAUAAUGUCCACGCGGAAUUUCAAUAUCCCCCAACUCGAGCUCGAUACCCCAUCAUAAUCCAAAAUCUACUAGAUGCGCGAGCUCUGGCGGAUGCUCUAGUACUAGAAGAAAUCACAGACGACUUUCUCUCAUAUAUUUGUAAAGAUAAGAGGGUUCGGGAGAUUUACCCCUUUAUCUCUAACGGCCCCCCUGAUCAAACUGAUAUUGGGCCACUUCCAAGCAGUAUUAAUAUUGUGGUUUUGAGCAAGUGGCCUUUUUCUUGGAACUUACUAUCGCUUUCCGGAAGCUGUAAAGGCUCGGUAAUCAUACAAUUUACCAACAUUGGGAAAUACAAGAGGGGGGCUUUCGUACCGGCCAUUCUAUCUGCCGUUCAUCUUAGUUCAGGCCUCACAGAUGCUUCUAUACAGAGAGGGGGGCAGGAAUUAUGGUGUCUCCUCUAUUAUCUCUCCAAGGAAUACCCUCGAAAUCCUUGGAUAUUAGCUGGCGGCUUCAACAUUCCGACUAGUGUAUAUACCAUCGAAACGGCAGUCAAGAAGAACGAAAUCUCUCCGGAUAGCAGAAAUAUCUCAACUAUAGUUGAAAAACUAUUCAUUAAUAUGGGGUUGGUAGACACCUGGGCUUCUGCAUGCGUUCGAUACGGUGAUUUAUCGAAGUACGAUCUAAGGCAACCGGAUUUCGAGAAAGCUUUAGGGGGUGAAAAGGGGGCAACUUUUGAUCCAACAGCUAACCGUCUUGCCGAAAGUACUACUCGCAGCGACUUCGAUAAGAGGCCACAACGCUACGACAGGAUUCUAGUAAAGGGAGAAGACUUUAUUGUAACAGGAUUCAACAUGUUUGGCCAGAGAAUGGGAGCAUCGCAGACUGACUCUUGUGUUGACUCUAAGGAUGAUGACUCUAAGGAUGAUGACUCAAACGUCCAGCUUUCAUAUGGUAGUGAUCAUUGGGGGAUCAAAUGUUCGCUAAAGGUUUCUAAAGAUGCAUCAGUACGGCCAACCGACAGUAGCAAAACCACCUCCGCUCCGGUAAAAACCAAGCAAGAGCAGAUGUUUGCACCUCAGCUUGCCGCAUAUCUUUCUGAGCAAUCCGUAUUCCCUUCCGAUAUUGAUAUUGCGAUGAGAGAAAGUGCGUUGUGUUUAUUGAAAGAGGUUAUAAUGCAAGAUGAGGAUAGCCUCGCUCGUGGGGUUCCAGCAUUCAUGCUAGUACCUGUCGGGUCUUAUGGACUGGGUGUCUGGACUGCGGCGUCAGAUAUCAACUGCCUUUGCAUUGGACGUAUCAGUCCAAAAACUUUCUUCGCACUAGUCAUUCAGCGGCUUCGUAACGCUGCGUGGAGGGGUAUUAAGAUCUUACGACGAGUAGAUGCCCACUCUGGCACAAUCAUCGGGCUGGCAAUCGGCCAUAUCAAAAUGGACUUACAAUAUUGUUCAGCAGUUUCUAUCACCGAGACGUGGCCAGCCGCGCUGGCGCUACCACCAACCGAUCCCGUUUUCAAGUUACUACAAAGUACCCUAGCGACAUUAAAGCCAGUGCGUGACCUGCAUCAUCUCCUUAGCACGAUUCCAGACCUUGCGGCUUUCAGGCUAUCAUACCAUGCAAUAAAAUGUUGGGCAGAGCGGCGUGGUAUUUAUGCUGCGCAAUUUGGCUAUCUUAGUGGUAUCCAGAUAUCGAUACUGCUGUCGCGGGUGUGUAAGCUACUGGUAGACACAUGUGGCUCUGCAUCAGGUACCAAAACGAUAUUAAUGACCUUUUAUCACCAUUACGCUGGAUUUGAUUGGAAUAACUCUAUCGUUCUCGACCCGUUCUUCCAUAAAAGUCUGAGUUAUACGAGAACUGAACGGGAACAUAUGGCCAUCCUAGGCUUUUAUGGGCCUCGUCUGAACACGGCACAGAAUACGUCAGUUUCUACAGCUCAUACCAUCAUUAAGGAAUUGAAGAGAGCAGACUCAAUACUAUCAGGAACCGAGGUGGUAUGGGCCGAGUUCCUCAGUGGGAAUACAGGCAUAACGGAAUUUCUAAGCACGUAUACGACAUAUAUUAAGAUUACUGCUCGAUUCUGGGGUGUGUCUCUUGCGAGGAUAAAUAAGACCUUGGAAUGGCUAGAACCAAAAUGCGCCUCACUUUUGGUCGAUAUCGGCAAGGUAGUACCUGACAUACAUCCCAGAAUCUGGCCAUCACGCUUCAUAAACCAAGACGCUUAUGAAAAAGAUGAGGAAUAUGAAGGGCAUUAUCUUAUCGGCUUGGACUUGGAGUUAAAAGAAUCUACCGGUCUGCCGACCGAUAUAGCAAGAAUACGUUCUAUGCAAGCCAGUUUGGAUACCUGCAUAGGUGUCUUUGAAGCUCAGGCAAGCAGGGACGCGAAGUACUUUGACCCCAAGUCAUCCUGGAUAAACGCUACAAUAACUCCGCAGAAUGAACUUGGAGAGCUACGAUUGGACGAUCGGGACUGGGGAAAAUAUAUGGUAGAAGCUGAGGAUGAGGAUAUAGGCGAUUCGGAAUUCUGGGCAUCUAUGGAAGCGGACGAAGCCAGAGAACCACCUAAGAAGAAAGAGACUCGUUUAUCGCAUAAGCCAACGUACGAAGGGAAACUUCGAUCUGCAGGUGACGUUCUAAAUAGGCUUCGGUGGGAUCAAGCCAUGGACAGUAGCGACUACAUAAUCGGCUACGAAGAUCGCUUCUCGGGAGCAAUGGAACGGUCAGUUGACUCGUGGAAGUCGGAUACGACGCACGAAGAAUUCAUACCGGAGCACAGGAUCCUAUACUUCAAGCGCAAGAGCGACGGGACGAUCGUGUGGGAUAGGGAGGAGAGACGAGAUGAGAUAUUCGGUAGCGGGGCCUCCAGUCUUGGGCGCUAG